AUGUACAGAAUAUACAUCAAUACUGAGGAAUCCAAUGAAAACACUUCAUCUGAGGUCACAUCACCAGACAGUUCCCAAUCCGAUAAUAAUCUUCAAGUGUCAUCUAAUAGCAUAGACUCGACAGAUAAUACCAGUUCACUAGAUACAAGUCAAUCAUAUAAUACGGAAACUAGUCUUGAUAUUCCGGACACUUUUGAGGACUUGGACCUCAUUCUUGAUUUAGACUUCAAUGUCGAAGAAAUUGAUUUACAAGCGAAUGAAAUCGAGACUAUUAUUAAUGGGGAUGUUAUACAACAUGGUAACAGCACUGCAAACAAUACCAUUGAUGUCUUCACUGACUUUGACGACGACAUAUCAGAGCUGGUCUACCAAAAAGCCAUCGAACACGAGUUCACAGUCAUACCCAUCUCCCGGCCCACCACUGACCACACCUACGUUUUCAACGAAUUAGAGGGCUUUAAACUGACGGAGCUUUUCGGUGCCACAGAGAUCUUCAGCGAAACUCUUUCGGUAGUGUCGGUGACAUCGAUGGCCAGGGAUUACGCGGAUUUGGUUCGUGUGCUGUGUUAUAAAAUCGAUGAACAGGUGAUGCGAGCCAUACGGAUGUCCAAGAAGCUGCAGACAUUUAAUAAUAUCUGCGAAACCGAUCGGAUCUCACUUCUGAAACAGGGGUCACUCGAGCUAUACCUCAUCCGAUCCGUUCCCUACUAUGACAGCGUCGAAGAUCACUGGACCUAUAAUAUGGGAAACAAUACGUCUGUUAUAUUAAGUUUGGAGUUAAUGCGAGUGUUUCCGCGAAAUAUUUACUCGUUUUAUAAGAAAUUCUUACACAAUAUAUGUCGGGAAUGGGAGUCCGAUCUACUAGUCCUCGAUUUGUUAACAGCAAUCGUAUUGUUCAAUCCGGAUCGUCCUAAACUGAUCGACAAGGAUUUGGUUAAACUCCAUCAACACAUUUAUAUGCAUUUACUUCGACGAUAUCUACUCGUGAGGUAUCGCUCGCACCCGGAAUCCAACGUCAAGUUCUUAAGACUUUUGAAUUGUUUGAUUCAUUUGACUGUUUUGGGUGAUGUAUACCGACUGAACUGUGCCGAUAAGGACCCGGACACUAUUCCUCCAAGUCGUAAUAUGCCGGACCCUAGGGCUGAGAAAAAGUGUCUGAUUUGUGGCGACAAAGCCAUUGGUAAUAAUUUCGACGCCCUAUCCUGUGAAUCGUGUAAAGCCUUCUUCAGGAGGAAUGCCAUCAAAUAUAAGCAAAUAAGGUGUCAUUUUGGCGAUAAUUGUGUGAUUAAUGUCUUAACCCGAAAAUCUUGUCGUAAAUGUCGACUCGAGAAAUGUCUGGACGCGGGAAUGAAACAAGACUGGUUAAUUCCAAACUAUAAGCCAGCUAAGAAAAUGAGCAAAAGUCAUCAAAUAUAUCAAAAGUCUUAUAAAAUGGACACAACUAUUCAAAGUCCGAAUGCCUCGUCCAGUGAUAGGACAUCACCGGACAGUUCCCACUCGAGUGACACAACUCCUAAUAAUAGCAUUGAAAUGCUCGACAUUUUCGAUGCAUUUGAUACGGACUUCAAUGUCGAAGAAUUCAAUACAAUAUUGAAGGACAUCGAGGAAUGCAUUUCAGUUGAUAAUCCAAUAAUUAACCAUGAUAACAUACCAGUACUCAAUGAUAUUGACCCGGAUCACAUACCACAAGAACAUAUGGUUGAACACAUAGCUCGGCCUAUCUUUGACCCCAUGUUUUCACUGAAUGAGUUGGAGGGCAACCGUUUGGCACAACUACUAAAUGCCACAAAUUUUUUCGCCGAGCCCUCGGCACCGGUAGCCUAUAAGGCCAAAAACUUUGAGGAAUUGCGUCAAGUGUUGGUCUAUAGAGUGGACCAACAGGUGGUCCGAGCGAUGAAAAUGUUGAAAGUGUUGGGCUCUGCGAAAGGUGUGGUGGAGUCCGACAGAGAGACUCUCAUCAAACAGGGAGUACUCCAUCUGUUUUGCAUCCGAUCCGUGCCUUUCUAUGACUGCACUCAACACCAAUGGACUUAUAAUUUGGGGAACAACACGUCAGUCGUAAUCAGUUUGGAGUUAAUGCGAGACUUUCCGCAAAAUCUAUAUUUUAAUUACAAAAACUUUUUGAAUAAUAUAUGCAACGAAUGGGAAUCCGAUCCAUUGGUUCUCGAUUUGUUAACAGCGAUCACUCUGUAUAACCCAAAACGACCCGGACUCUUGUUCAAGGAGUUAGUUAGGCGAACGGCGCUCAAGAAUAAGGAGUUGACGUGUGAUCUCAAAAACCACUGCAAAAUCGAUGUCUACUCACGAAAGUGUUGUAUGAAGUGUCGGCUCAAGAAGUGCUUUGACGUCGGAAUGAGAAAAGACUUGAUUCUGUCGAGAGAUACAAAGACUGAGAGAAAACUGAAAAUAGAAAUCAAUAAAAAUUACCGCAAAGACAGUGACAGCGGAUCUAAUGACACAUCAGAUACGACAUCAUCGCCAGAGAGUGGCCACCAGUCGUACGAACCAAAAGACAGUACACUUGAAAUGCCUGACAAUUUCGAUGACUUAGACUUAGACCUCGAUAUCGACGAAAUCAAUACACAAAUCAUGGAAAUCGAGAAAUUGAUUGAAGAGGAAGACCACAGUAUUUACAAUAAGGCAGCGGAACAGGAGUUACCGCUACUGUCGAUCGCCCGACCCUUCACUACUAUAUACAGUUUUAAUGAGUUAGAGACCCAUAAACUGACCGAGCUAUUUAACGCCACAUCCUUUUUCAACGAGUCUACAGCGCCUACAUCUGUGGUCUCACAGGUGCUGACUGAUCGUGAGACGGGUCGCGCUUUUAUGAAUAAAUUUGAGCUACAGUUCCGACAAGUGAUCAAAAUGUCCAAAGCGUUGACCACAUUCAACAGUAUUAGCGAAUCGGACAGAUUCACCCUGAUUAAAGAAGUGGCACUGGACCUGUUCAGUCUACGUGUCGUUCCCUAUUAUGACCCCGUUAGUCGUUACUGGAGCUGUAUCAUGAAUAACGGGAGUACAGUUAUAUUGGAUUUGGGAUCAAAGUUGAACAAAAACUUUUAUUCGUUAAGACUGUUCCUGGACAAAAUCAGUACAGAAUUGGAAACCGAUACUAUUGUUUUAGACCUGUUAACGGCAAUAGUAUUGUUUAACCCGGAUAGGCCUAAACUUAAACACAAACAGUUUGUUAAAUUACAACAGAAUACUUAUAUGUAUUUACUUGAGCGCUAUUUAGCCGUCAGAUAUCAGUCGCAAACUGAAUCGACUUUAAAAUUCGUGAAACUUGUAAACUGUCUCAAGGAUUUAUAUGCUCAUAAUGCCAAGUUAAAAAUUAAUAUCAAGAAUAAAGACCCUGAUCAUGUGACACCACUCAUGAAGGAGAUAUUAGACAUUCAAGAGAAAAAGUUGGACAAUAAUGGCAAGAAUUUUGAUGCCCUGUCGUGUGAGUCGUGUAAAGCAUUCUUCAGACGUACGGCACUGAAAGAGACGGAGUUUAAGUGCGAAUUCAAUGACAACUGCAAAAUCGAUGUCUACACCAGAAGAUUCUGCAUUAAGUGUCGGCUCCAGAAGUGCCUCGACAUCGGCAUGAAAAAAGAAAUGAUUCUCACGAGUGAAGCAAAGAAAGUGAGAAAAAUGAAAAUAGAAAUGAAUAAAACGAAACGCAAAGUGAGUGAUAGCGGGGUAUCCAACACAUCAUCGGACACCCAAUCGGACAGCGGUUCCCAGUCGUGCGACACGAGUGACAAUCCGCUUAAAAUCCCCGACAAUUUAGACGAGUUGCUAGACUUAGACCUCGAUAUCGACGAAAUCAAUACACAAAUCAUGGAAAUCGAGAAAAUCAUUGGAGAGGACGAAGGAGUGGACGACGAGUCGUCCGAUGAUAUCGACGACUCGGUGUACGACCGGGCAGUGGAACUGGAGUUUACUCUACUGCCCAUCGCCCGACCCGUCGCUAAUACGUACAGUUUUAAUGAGUUGGAGACCAAUAAAUUGGCUGAACUUUUCAACGCCACCUCCUUUUUCAAAGAGUCGGCGCCUACAGCCAUGGUCUCGCAUAUCGAGUCUGACCAGCAAUUUGGCUCAGUUAUGACCAACUUAUUUGAGACACAGUUUAAGCGAGUGAUCCAAAUGUCCAAAUCGUUCACCACAUUCAACAAUGUGUACGUGUGGCUUAAGAAAUUUUUAAACAAAAUUGACAAAGAAUGGGAAACCGAUAUUAUUGUUUUGGACCUGCUAACAGCGAUAGUACUGUUUAAUCCGGAUCGACCCAAUCUUGAACACAAAGAGUUUGUUAAGCUACAGCAGAAUACUUAUAUGUAUUUACUUCAGCGCUAUUUAGCCGUCAGAUAUCAAUCGCAAACUGAAUCCACUUUGAAAUUCUUGAAACUUUUAAAUUGUCUCAAAGACUUGAAAGUUUUGAGUGAAAAUUUUAGACUCAGUAUGGAGCGUAAGGACCCUGAACAUGUGCCACCACUCAUGAGGGAAAUCUUAGAUGUAAAUGGGAAAAAGUCGGACAUUAAAUGUGACGGAUGUAUCGGCGCUACCGUCACCACCAAUAAUAUCAUUGUUUUCUGA